UAAUAUCACCCGUACCCAUCGUAUAAGUUUAUUUCUAUUGUAAACAAAUUAAUCCUUUAUAUUUGGUGCAAUGGGUACCAAUUCUAAAAGAUCUAGAUAUGAUCGCCAUGAAUAUUGGAGAACAAUUGUCAAUUUUUCUGAAUGUUUUGUCUGGUAGUAUUAUUUAGCACUAGAGUGUUACGAUUGAAUAUAUCUGCUAGAUAAGCUAUUGUAAAUGUACCUAUUAAUAUGAAAAUCAAAAUUCAAAAAAUUACAAAGUACCCAACUGUUACAAAAACAUUAACAAACUAAAUAGAACUCUUUGUAUUGAAUAAUAAACUAUGGUACGGCAUAAGCAAAUCCAUUAUAGAGAGUUCAUUUUUAAGAAUAUUUUUAACUUGAUUGUUUUUACUUUAUUCAAAAAACAGUCAUUUGCUUUAUUAUUUAAUAACAGCAAAGUUAAUUUUAACACUAGUAAGCAAUUAACUUCAAAUUACUAGAAAAUAAAGAAACUAAAAUGUUGUUGGAAAGUCAAUUGAGCAAUUUACUUUGGAUUUUAGCAAAAAGACCCUACCUAAUUGGGCAGAAGCAAAUUUGAAAUAAGAAAAGGCAUAGGCAUCAUAAAAUGCACUGUUUUUUAUCUUUAAACUAUUAAUACACCUGCUAGUGGUAUUUCAGCUGUUUAUACUAUACUUAAUUGAUGUCUAAAGUUGAAAAAAUAUUUAAAUAUUGAAGUGAUCAUCUGUGUCUUUAAUCAAUCUGUAUAUGCAAAGGUUUCAGAAUAAUAUGCUUGGAAUGUUCUAUAAUAAUACAAAAGUUGUGUUAUAGUGCUUAAAAUGUUUGACAUGAUCAUAAUGUUGAAAUAAUUUGGAAAAGAUUUAAAGAUUCAAGAUAAUGUUAUGUACUUAUUCAAAGCAAAGUAAUUGUGAAAGGUUCUGUAGAAGGGGUUUUGUCAGUAUUUCUUCUUGGUGGAUACACAUCAAUAAUUAGACGUGUGAUGAUUGAAGCCAAAGCUCUUAAUAUGAUCAGCCAGGGAUAUGUUUUCAUAUCAUAUGAACUUUUGCUUGACGGAUGCUCAAACAACUACCCAACAUUAGUGGAUAUAAAUCCGGAUGUUUGUCAAGCUCUUGAUGGUUUAUUAGAUAUAAGUCUAUAUGUUCCAAAUGAUGAUAAUUAUAAAAAUUUCUCUCAACUUGUGCGAAUGGAGAUUAUGAAUCCACCAUUUAGUAGAAGAAUGUUACCAAGUGAACAGGUAGAAAUAUAUGCUGCACUCCUCUAUGAUGCAGCUCUUCUGUAUGCACGUGCAUUAAACAAAACAAUCAGUAUGAACCAAUCUAUUGAUGAUGGUAGAGCAAUCGUUAAUAAUAUGUUGAAUACAAGAUUCAAAGGUGCUUCUGGAGAUGUCAUAAUAAAUGAUGUUGGAGACCGAAAAUCAGCUCUUCAAAUCAGAAAUAUUAUUAAUGGUGGAUAUGAAAGAGUUGCUAAUUACUAUUCAAGUUCUGAUCAUUUAGAAAUACUACAAGACAAAGUUAUAAUAUGGCCUGGAAAAGUUACUACCGUACCUUUAGGAAGACCUAAAUGCGGUUUUGAUGAAAAAUUAUGUACUUAUUCAACUAAUUAUUCAACAGAUCUUUGGGUUCCCAUUGUUUGUGGAGUUCUAGCAUGUUUUCUUUUCAUAAUGUUAGCUAUAAUUUUUGUUUUAAAACGUCGACAACAUUCUUUUGAGUCUUCUUUAUGGUUGGAGAAUUGGAGAAUUGAUUUCUAUGAUAUUAAGUUUGGUCGCAAACGAAGCAGAUUUCAAAGUGUCUUUGGAAGUACUUGUGCUAUUGAAAGAACAGAGAGUAAGCAAACCUUGCACAGUGACAUUGGAGGAAAUAUAGGUGUAUUUCAGGGUAAUUAUGUUGCAAUUAAAAGAGUGCACAAAAAUUCUUUGCCGCUAACACGAGAUAUUUUGUAUGAAUUAAAAGCAGUUCAUGAGGUGCAGCAUCAAAAUUUAAAUCAGUUUAUUGGAGCUUGUGUUGAUCCACCAAACAUUUGCAUUUUAACAAAGUAUUGCCAAAAAGGCAGUUUAAAAGAUGUGUUGUUUAAUCCAAAUAUCAAGUUGGAUUGGAUGUUUAAAAUGUCGUUUGCUGUUGAUAUUGCAAGGGGAAUGCAUUAUCUUCACAAUUCCAUAAUUGGGGUUCAUGGUAACUUAACAUCAUCUAAUUGUGUAAUAGAUGGUCGAUGGGCAUGCAAGAUUACAGAUUUUGGAUUGAUAAAGUUUAAGGGAAAUCAAGAUGUUUCUUUGGAAGAUUGCAACUAUGACAAAAUGUUAUGGAAAGCACCUGAACAUAUUGAAAAUAAACAAUUUCCUUAUUCACAAUAUGGCGAUGUAUACAGUUAUGGUAUAAUAAUGCAAGAAAUUAUCACACGAGACUUGCCAUUUUCAAUGUUUACAAAUCUAAGCUCAAAAGAAAAAGUUUAUCUUGUUAAAAAAAGAACAAAACCAGUUUUUCGGCCAAUAGUAAAUGAAAAUCUUGGAACAUCUGAUUACCAAUUACUAAUGAGACAAUGUUGGGAGGACUGGCCAGAGUCGAGACCAAAUUUUUAUGAAAUUAACAAGAGGUUGAAGUUAUGUGGGGGAAAAAACAUCAGCAUAGUUGAUAAUAUGAUGAACAUGAUGGAAAAGUAUGCAAACCAGCUUGAAGAUUUAGUUUUUGAGAGAACAUUCUUAUUGGAGGAAGAAAAAGCCAAAACUGAUAACUUACUCUACAGCAUGUUGCCAAAAUCUGUUGCUGAACAACUUAAGCUUGGUAAACCUGUAAAAGCUGAAUCAUUUGAUAUGGUUACUAUUUUAUUCAGCGACAUAGUGGGAUUUACAAAACUUGCAUCUGAAUGUACUCCUUUUCAGGUGGUUGAUCUUUUAAAUGGUUUGUAUACUUGCUUUGAUAACAUUUGUGACACAUACUCUGUUUAUAAAGUAGAAACUAUAGGUGAUGCUUACAUGGUUGUUUCAGGACUCCCCGAUAGAACUAUUGACACCCAUGCAGGGGAAAUAGCUCGAAUGUCAUUGAAUUUACUUUUUUCUACUACAACAUUUUGUAUUCCUCAUCUUCCAGAAACAAAAGUUCAAAUUAGAAUAGGAAUUCAUUCAGGUCCUGUAGUUGCUGGUGUGGUUGGUUUAAAAAUGCCUCGCUAUUGCUUAUUUGGAGACACAGUUAACUAUGCUUCACGCAUGGAGUCUACCGGAUUAGCACUUCGCGUUCAUGUUAGUCCUGAAUGUAAAUCUUUAUUAUUAAAACUUGGAGGCUUUCAUUUGGUAGAAAGAGGGCCAGUAUUGCUGAAAGGAAAGGGCUCUGUUGUUACGUAUUUUCUGGCUGGUUACGAUGGAUUUGAUAAGAAUCUUCCGAAUUUAAGAUAUGCAGCGCCAUCUAAGGAUCAUUCAAUUCAAUAAAUAAAGUUUGCUUCUAGCUUUUUAUUGC